GCACUGGAGCCCUGGCCAGCGCGCAGCCUUCCCGGCGCCGGCUAGCUGAGUCUUGGGAAUUCUCACUCGCUUCGGCGCACUCCCUUUCACAAAACCACUGGAUCUUACAAGCUUCUGUAAACCCCACUUUCACUCCAUGUCCCCAUGCUCCUGUGCCACCAGCAACAGGACUAGUUCUUUGGAUGUCAGCUGAGUUACUAAGGUAAUUCUGCAUGUCAAAAGGCAAACCUUGGUAGAAUCCCAAGUGUCUUGGAAGCCGCCUUCACUCUUCAUUUGUUUUUUUCUUCGGUGUGUGUGUCUUCACCGAACAUUCAAAACUGUUUCUCCAAAGGGUUUUGCAAAAACUCAGACUGUUUUCCAAGGCAGAAGCACUGGCGGCCACCGCUGAAGCAAUGGGCAGUGUGCGCACGAACCGCUACAGCAUUGUCUCGUCAGAAGAAGACGGCAUGAAGUUGGCCACCAUGGCGGUGGCCAAUGGCUUUGGGAAUGGGAAGAGUAAAGUCCACACCCGACAACAGUGCAGAAGCCGCUUUGUGAAGAAAGAUGGCCACUGCAAUGUUCAGUUCAUCAACGUGGGUGAGAAAGGACAGCGGUACCUGGCAGACAUCUUUACCACCUGUGUGGACAUUCGCUGGAGGUGGAUGCUGGUGAUCUUCUGCCUGGCUUUUGUGCUGUCCUGGCUGUUCUUUGGUUGCGUGUUUUGGUUGAUAGCUCUGCUCCACGGGGAUCUGGAUGCAUCAAAAGACAGCAAAGCUUGUGUGUCUGAAGUUAACAGCUUCACGGCGGCCUUCCUCUUCUCCAUUGAGACGCAGACAACCAUCGGCUAUGGCUUCAGGUGUGUCACGGACGAGUGCCCGAUUGCUGUCUUCAUGGUGGUGUUCCAGUCCAUCGUGGGCUGCAUCAUCGAUGCUUUCAUCAUAGGCGCGGUUAUGGCGAAGAUGGCAAAGCCAAAGAAGAGAAAUGAGACUCUGGUCUUCAGUCACAAUGCUGUCAUUGCCAUGAGGGAUGGCAAGCUGUGCUUGAUGUGGAGGGUGGGUAAUCUUCGGAAAAGCCACCUCGUGGAAGCUCACGUCCGAGCACAGCUCCUGAAAUCCAGAAUCACUUCGGAAGGGGAGUAUAUACCCCUGGACCAGAUAGACAUCAAUGUGGGGUUUGAUAGUGGAAUUGACCGUAUAUUUUUAGUGUCCCCAAUCACCAUCGUCCAUGAAAUAGAUGAAGACAGUCCUCUAUAUGACUUGAGUAAACAGGACAUUGACAAUGCAGAUUUUGAAAUUGUUGUCAUACUAGAAGGCAUGGUGGAGGCCACGGCCAUGACCACGCAGUGCCGGAGCUCUUAUCUGGCUAAUGAAAUCCUCUGGGGUCACCGCUAUGAGCCCGUGCUCUUUGAGGAAAAGCACUACUACAAAGUGGACUAUUCGAGGUUCCACAAGACUUACGAAGUACCAAACACCCCACUUUGUAGUGCCAGAGACUUAGCAGAAAAGAAAUACAUCCUCUCCAAUGCAAAUUCAUUUUGCUAUGAAAAUGAAGUUGCCCUCACAAGCAAAGAGGAAGAGGACAGUGAAAAUGAUGUCCCAGAAAGCACUAGUACAGACUCCCCUCCUGGCAUAGACCUUCAUAACCAGGCCAGCGUACCUCUAGAGCCCAGGCCCUUAAGGCGAGAAUCCGAGAUAUGACUGACAGAUUCCUUCUCUGGAAUUUUAACUUCGUUACACAGUCUGCUGUUGGUCAGAGGCCCAAAACAGUUAUACAGACCACGGUACUGGUCAAGAGGUGGGUGAAGGCAAGAGGCCACGAGAGACUAAAAUGGCACAAGGAUUUCCAGAAAAGACUGUAAGCUGGAUGACUGACGGUAAAGCACUACGCAGGCCUCUGCGUGACCCAAUGGAAGGCACAUAUCUGUUGUAGAAUAAGUUAUAGGGGUUUUAAUGUAUUGUUUUGUGUUUCGACAAAACUUGAAUAUGCAGGCAAGCCUUGGUUUGAGUAUUUGACUUAUCUGGAUUGCUUCUCUUUAAGAGAACAAGAAUGUUUUUAAUGGCAUAACAAAGGCAAGACUCUGCCUUAAUUUUUUUGAAAAGCUGCUAACUACAUGAACACAAAUUGUAUUUUUGUUGCAGUGUAGUUUACCUUUUGUGUAAUUUAAAAAGUCAGUGUUGAACUUUGUUGAAAGCGUACAGUGUACUUCAAAGUGGCAAGUAUUUGGCUAUUACCUGCCAAAAUGAGAGCCUGAUGUUUUUGAGGCCAGUAAUUUGUUUGCUAGAAUUGAUCUCUCUCUCUCUCUCUCUCUCUCUCUCUCUCUCUCUCUCUCUCUCUC